AUGAAAAGGGUGAAUAUAAGGACUUUGCUAUUUUUAUAUGUAAUUGGAUGUUUGGCAGGGAUGAGCACAUUACUUGCUGCGGAUGCAGAGUUGCUCUUUAAGUUAGAAAACAGCGAUGCUGCUGGCAGCGAUGACUCUAUAUCAGUAAAUGCCGUUAGCAGCAAUUCUGUGAGAAUAGAACAGUUCCACUCGAAUACAAUUGAUUCUUCCGAUGCAGAAAUAAGUCUAUCGAAAACAAAAGAUCUAUCAACUAUUGAGUCUAUGGUAGAAUUGGCACUGCCUCUGGAAACAGCAUUUAAUCCAGAAAGUGUGUCUAGUGAAUAUAAUACUACUACAGAAAAACAAAUAAAACAAGAAAACGCGGGCAUGGACAAGAUUUUAGAUAUAGAACACAUAAUAAAUCAGAGGCUAGCAGUAGAAACUUCACAGGGCAUAGAUUAUGCUUUAACAUAUAGUGAAGAAGAAAUUGAGUUGCUGGGGAUUCUAGAAAGUAUUUUUAGAAAAAAUAAACACUUGUUUAAAACCUCGCAUUAUAAUGAUAAAAAAGCCAUAAAUGAAAUUAUUAAAUAUAAAAAUGAAAUUGUAGUUAAACUUACUAGAGCAACAGGAGAACUAGAAAAGAAAACACUGUGGGAAGUAUUGCAUGCAUGCGGCAAAGAAUUUUCCAUAGAUAUAGACAAUGUUCAUUCAAAUGAUAUUAAAAACAUCAUUCUUUUAUAUCCUAUGCGAAUGUUAUCUAUUUCUUCCAUUAAAUAUGCAAUUCUUACAUACUAUAACCCGCGUGAGAUGAGCAAUAUUUGUUUGUCACUAGAAAAAUUUAUCUUUGGGCCCAAUGAAAGUGUAUUUAAUCAAUAUGCGAUAUUUUUCUCGGCCAAAAAACUUAUGCUAGACAACCUGGUUGUUUAUACAGAUACACUAAAUGUAUUGGAUGAUUUUAAUAAUCUAAAAGAACUUUCCUUUUACAUGGGGUCUAUUUUAAGCUCUAAUGCAGAGUUAGAAUUGUGUUUGCCAAAAAAUUUAGAAAAACUAAAACUAUGCUGUGUUGAUAAAAAGAAAGUGACCUGGAUAUUAAGUGGGGUAAACUCUUGUCACUCUCUCAAAGAAAUAGAUAUAUCCGAUAUUGAUUUCAUAGACACUGAAGGGCUGAAUAGCAUGGCCAAUUUAGAGAAUAUAACCACAUUUACUCUUAACAAUAUAGUUAUUUCGGGGUAUCCAGACUUUGCAUUUCUCAAAAAAAUGCAGGCGCUUCAAAAGCUAAUUAUGGACAGGAUUUUCUACUCAUAUAAAGACGAUUUUGAUCUAACGGACGUGCAUGAGAUCAAAAAAAAUAUUGAAUAUCUAAAUCCAAUAAGUCUACCAGAUUACUCACCUGUUUUAGGGCAAAUUGAGCCAGUCCAAUAUGCAGAUGUGAUUAAGAACAAUAAAACUGUGGGGGAUUAUAUUUCUCCUACUAAUGUUUACAUAAACAGUAAGCUAUAUAAUGACUUAGGAUUGUGCAAAGUAAUUCCAAAGAAGGGACAUGCGUGCACUAUGUGUAUUUUAUUUACAGAAAAAGUAGACUAUGUCUGGAUAUACUCAAUUAAAUUUAUGUUUUCCAUAAAUAGUAAGCAUACUUGUCUUAAUAUUAAUGCCAAAUCAGCUGCUUUGGCCAAGCCCAUCUUACUUAAUUACAUUCGGUGUAUUGAUUUUCCAUUCUCGGCUAUCAACACUAUUGAUGAAAUGUAUUUUGUGAAUUCGCUUAAAGAAUUUAGUGAAAGCACCAUAAUUAGCAUGUUCUAUGACCAAAUCCUAAAAUAUACAAAACAUAAUAAGAUUAGAAGGCUGCAGUUAGUGUCUUUAGUCCAACCAGUCACAGUAGAUAUAACCCAAAUUGUUAUGUUUAAUACCAACAUGCCAGACCUUGAAGAGAUAUAUUUCUCAAAUAUUGCUUUUACUAAAGCUAAAAACAAUCCUAAAACUGCUGAUGAAGAGCAUGCUCUGGAAUCCUAUGCUGCAUAUAUAACCCGAAGUAAUGAUUCUGCCAAUUUUAAAUGCAAGCUUAUAAAAAAUGGAAAUAAUUUUAAAAUUAUAGAAUCCACAUAG